AUGGAUCCAGCAAGCUUAUCGCAGCCUUCGAAGCGCAGCAUUCCCGUCGGCCUGCUGGAAGCUGCGCUCGACUCGCCGACCUUUCGAUCGACCGCCUUGCACUUUGCUGAACAAAUCGAGGCCAUAGAGAAAUGGCUAAACAAUUAUGUGAAUUCGACAUCGAAGCUCCUUCACGACUUCUUGGCUCUCGAAGACACGAUCAACUCAUACCUCGCCAAGACGGCAGCCCCGGUCGGUGACACCCUGCUCGACAGCGACUAUACCUUGCUGGCACUUAAGAGGGUCGGGGAGGGGUCGCGCGAAUGGCUCACACAGAUGCAAGGUGGCAUGAAGCGCAUGGAAUCGACCGUUGUCGAGCCCAUCCGUGCCUUCAUGAAUGGCGAACUACGCAACUUCAAGGAUACCCGGCGUGGCCUCGAGACCGCGCAACGAACCUACGAUUCAACGCUAGCUCGCUAUGUCGGACAGCACAAGACGAAAGAGCCAUCUGCAUUGAGGGAGGAUGCAUUUUCUGUGUUUGAAAGUCGCAAGAUUUAUCUGCAAGCAUCGAUCGACUUUUGCCAGGCCGUUCCCCAGCUUCGAUCCGCCAUCGACCGGCUACUCGUAACCGUGUGCAGUGACAUCUGGAAGGAGAUCAAAGGCUCGCGGGAUGCGACUGCCAAUGCAAUGCGCUGGAGCCGUGAGAUGGAACGUGUCCGCGGCUGGUCCAGAGAGAUGGAGGCCGCUGAUGCUGUCUUCCGACGCGAACUACAGGCAGCCAAGAAGAAUAUAUACGACUUGGCCAUCGAGAAUGUCAAGCCAUCUCGAGAACUUGAAGACUACAACGUGUCAACGAUUCCGUUUCUACGCUCACGUGGGCCUGUGAAUCUACAACCCAAGAAUGACUCUACUGCUGUUUCUGCUAAGCAGGGUUGGCUCUUUUUGCGUGUGCUGUCCAACAAACCCACCAGAUAUACCUGGAUUCGAAGAUGGCACUAUUGUAGAGACGGAGUCUUUGGUUGGCUAAUUCCUGGGACACAGGGUGUCCUUCAGGGUGAUGAGAUCGGGGUUCUGCUCUGCAAUGCCAGACCUGCUGUCGGUGAAGAGAGGCGCUUCUGCUUCGAAAUCAAGACUAAGGAUCAGUCCUUAGUCCUUCAGGCGGAGAACCAAAAAGAGCUGACUGAGUGGCUUGAAGUUUUUGAAGUUACAAAAAAAGAAGCUUUCAACACCAGCCGUGGGAGAAGCACGAGCUCCAUGUCUCGCAGCGACCCUGCAUUUUCCAUCAAUCCCCCGAGCGCUCCCGAGUUCUCUGCCAACAGCAUUGAUACACACAUCACUGCUUCCGACGAUGCUGCAGUGGGCCUUGAGCGAGCGGGGACUACGCUCAUGCCACCUGGCGAUCACAACAUGGCCCGUCAUAGUGUUGACAUAAGCCCUGCUGGCACUGUACCGCGGAGGUCCUUUACGGCUCUUGGAAAGGAACUUAGCAAGGACUUGGUCACCCGUGAAGACGGCGAAACUGGCAGAGAGCAUGCUGCGCGCAUCAUCCAGAAAUUGGAUCUUCAUAGAAAAUCAACCUUUGGCACUGUUAACGAGGGCACAACGCCUAGCCCUGCUUUGCCGGCUUCCGGCAGCGGCAUUGCUAGCUUGAUAUCGGCAAGCCAUAAUAUGCUGCCAGGAUACCCCCACCCACUACUCUCCCCAAGUGUUGCAAAGAGAGGUGCCCUGCUCCCAAAGCUUGAUAGCCAGUUGGGUUCCUUGGCACCGUCAACGUUGGAAAAGCCGCCUGUUUUCACGACUCUCAGCCGAGCAGCGGCUAUUCAUGCCGCCGACAAAUCAUCAUUGGGAGAGUCCCGAAAGAAACUUCCUGCUUCCAUUGUUGCCAACUACUGGGGGACGAAUAUCUGGGCCGCCUCGGAUAAUCAUCACCAACCCGUGCUGCCCAGGAGAGAGGCUGACGAUCCUAUUGGCGUGGUGCUACCGGAAGGCAUGCAGACCACGCUCAGCACACCCUCAAAGGAAAAGACACCAAGUGAACUCUUUCCGACCAAUUAUCCAACAGAGCUGCGGUUACAGACUGCGCAGUUCAAGCUGCUGUUUCCCGAUGUACAGGGAGACGAAAAGCUUGUGCUCGUUUUCAGAGCAUCCUGGUCCUUCAAGGCGGCCAAAGACUCGCAUCAAAGCUCCUUUGCUGGCGAUGGCAGAGUCUAUGUCACUCCGGACUAUAUAUAUUUUUAUAGUCAGCGCAUGGGCCUCAUCACAACCUUUUCCGUCAGCCUGGACAUCAUUGCAGAAGUGACUGCACGCUCCGGCCCAGACUCUGAUACUAUAACAUUCCGCCUGGGUGAAGAUUCAGGAGAGACUCUGUGGGAAGAAAUCAACCUGAAGGUGUACUUAGAUGACCUUCAUCUGCUACACAGUCGCCUCAACCUUAUCAUUGACAACAUUCAAGCCGAAGAGCCUGCUAACACCGAGAACUUGAUUUUCGCCCUCAUCAACCUCGAAAGAGCAGAGGAGAGGCCUAGUCCAAGCAUUGACGGCUGGGACGAUUCGUCAGUCUAUACCCCAAUUGACGCUGGCAGUUCCAGCAGAAGCCUUGGUCGUUCUCCGAUCGAGUUUACCCCGCGCCUACGACACUCGCAGUCGCGUCAAAAAUUACUCCCCAAGAUCCACCUGCCAAGUCGACCUGUUGAGUACGAGCCAGAGAACAUGACGGAGAUGGCGGCCGAGCGUCAUUUUGAAAUCAGCGCCAAAGCCUGUUUUCACGUCUUGUUUGGUGAUAAGAGCUUCGUGUUUCCCAAGCUAUAUUUUGAACAUCGUGCUCAACAGAUUGCCCAAGGACCGUGGGUUCUGGUAGACCAAGGCCGAAUGCGCCGCGAGUUCCAGUUCAAAGUCAACUAUACGGACAUGCUUGGGCGCGAGAAGAGUGCUGAUGUUAAAGAUGAGCAAACGAUCGAUCUUUUCAGCGACCAUGUCACGUACGUGGUUACGCAUACCAAGACGGCGUGGCACCUACCGCACUCAACAUCGUUCAAGCUUAUUUCGAAGAUUGUCAUCACGCACGUGGCAAAGUCUAAAUGCAAACUCGCCAUCUGGGUGAAAAUUGAUUGGUCAAGAACUCCAGCAUUGUCGAAGAACUUGGUGGAGCGCCAGGCUUUACGCGACAUAAAGAGCCAAGCAGAUGAGCUGGCAGAAAUUGCAACUGACCAGGUGCGCAAACUUGGAUCCCGCUCCAGGACGAACAGAGCCAUUCACGUCUAUGGUCAAGUCGGCAAUCAAACGCAGGUCGUUGUCUUCUCGCCUGGCUCUACAGACUCGACAAAGAAGCAGGCGGCCACUCCGCGCACACUUACAUCGAUGGUCUUCGAUACGGUGCGGUCCUUCACAGAGAGCUGCAUUACAUCUGUCAUUAUGUGGACUUUUGGUGGCAUGAAGCGACUCUAUGAUAUUAUCACGGCCCAUCGCGUUAUCAUUGCCUUGCUCUUGUUGAGCGGCCUUCUCAAUGUAUUGUUCACGUCUUCUGGUACUUUGACAUGGUGGCAAGAGCGCAGUGCCGCGCGACUCAUGCGCCGCAUUGGUGUGAUGCCACAUCCUAUUAUGAGCAAAGCAAUAUACUUCUCUGACCUUGCCGAGGCUACUGGCGCCGGUGGCCUUGCCGCAACCCUUGCCAACGAAAACAGCACCUGCUACGACACGUUUGCAGACUUGAUGAAGGCGGCCGACUUGGAUGCGCCGUGGGAAGAGUCUGGCAGCAGCUUGGCGCCGGCGAGCCGCUCCACUGCCCGUCGCAUCCGUCGCACAAGGCAGCGUCUCGGUACGUAUCGACAUGAUCUGCUGGUGGCUAUGCGAGUGGUCAACAGCAUCGAGCGCGAAAUGAUGCAGUCAGAGUGGGAGAAUUGGCUGGCAAACGAGAACACGCUUUGCGACGAACUGGGUCAUGUGCUUGGCAUGAAAGAGGAGCAGACUGAGUACAGGGCGGCUUUUGACAAGUCUCCCCAGGGACAAAAGGUCUGGGAACCGAUCCCAGAUCAACAGGUGGAGGAGCUGAAGCUAUGGCAGAAGUCGCACUGCAGCAGCUGCCGAACAGAUUAUAAAAGUGUGAUGAGAGACAGGCUUGAGGAGCAAAAGCGACAGAGGGCACUGUAA